GAUAGACCUUUCAAAUUGAGAGUAAUUGAUCGGUGGGUUCGCUUAGUUUUGAGUGCUUUAACGAUUUUCUUAACCCAGGGCAAAAGUCACUCAACCGAUUAUUGCAGAAAGCCCUUGAGGUUAGAGUUAGAAAGUUUUGUUAUCUCGGAAGUAUGGGAGACCGAAUCUUCGCGGUUUUUGGACAUUCGUUGGCGACUGCCUGAAAGAAUGACCCUUCAAGAGCACUUUGGAUUCAAGUUUCGAGAUGAAACGGGAAAACUCCUACGGAGCCCCGUUUUGUCAAUGGAACAAGCUGCAUGUGGAUACGAUGACUCUUGUCGUUACCGUCUAUCCAUUUACCCAUACGACAUUUUCAAGCCUUGUUCCAAAUACAACAUUUCCAUCCAAAUCAAGGGACCUGACUUGUACUGCACUGAACCUAACGAAAUCUACCAAAUCCAUGUCACAAAAACAGAAGCUCCACCUCCCGUGUUGGAUCUCAGUUUUGUGAACCAAAUCAACAGCUUUUGGAAGGGCCAAAUUAAAUGGAUGCCCCCCGAGAUCUCAUCUUGUGUCCAUUCCUACCGGGUGGCAUAUUUGGAACCAUCCAGUGGAACCAGUUUGCCUCGAGGAGGAACGUGGCAUCAAGGGCAAACUAUUGAUCUUUAUUAUGAUAUUGAAGGGCUAACGAGAUGCACUUCGUACCCAGUCAAAGUUGGGGCCGUGGCCACUGAUGGGGCCCAAGGUGAAAUGCACACCAAGACAUUCCGCACGUGGGGAUGCUUCGGAUCCCCCCCUUUGGCACUGAAGUCAACAGCCGCCUCGUUGGCCCCGAAAAGUACCAAUUGGUAUCUGGUGCUUCUGGGCGUGAACACCAUUUCUCACUUGGGCGCAUUGGGGGGAAACAUGUGCAAAGACAAAUAAAAAUGAACCGACCAACCGUUUUGAGUGCUGAACGUGACGGAGGUAUGAAAUGAAGGGGUGCCAAUUUUUAUCAUAUAUUCAUUGGUGCGUACACACAAAAUGGGAACUAUUUGCCGACGUUUGAUUCUGGACACGGUCUUCAUUGGUGACGAUGAAAUGAUGUUUCGGUCGAUGCAUGUUUUUGACUUGACGAAUGCAGUAGGUGUAAGGCAUUGGAACGUUGUUUUUUUUAUUUUAUUUAAAAGCCAAUAAAACCCCAAUUUUUGCAUCAUAGCAAAAUACAAGACGUUAAUGAGGAAGUAAUAGAGCUGGGGCGAGUCCGACAAAAAGUCAAAAAAUCAAAGGACUCGCCCCAGCACUAGUAAAUAGUGUUUCGCCAUUUUUCCGAUUGUUUUGAUUAAAAAUCCAUUUCAUGGAUAAGAAACAUUGACCCACACUCCUGUUUCUUGUCUUUAAUUUGUAUUUUGGGUCUCGCCAAUCAACUCACCUUAGUUAGGCUAUUGUUGUGGCGCAAAAUUGCUGGCAUUCAUUUCGGUCUUGCCUAUGCUUUGCUUUAGCAGCCCUAAAAACCUUUGUUUGUCGGGCGGAGUAUUUUUGAAAUUUUGCCAAGACGUACUAAUUUUUAAUUUAGGCAUUGGUUGAAAAAUUAGGUGUUGUAGCAUAAUCUAUCCCCAAUGAACAUGGUGGUGUCCUCGACAUCUUUUCCCAGUAACAGUCUUCAAUAGUCUCCUAUUUUUGUCUAACGCACUCUCAUUAUUUUAAAUAAAUACUACUCGGACAUCCCUCCUUCGCCUUUUCGUAAAACAGUGAAACAUGUUGAAUUUCAAUUCAACGGCUUUUAUGUAUCUUUAAAGUGGCAAAAGAGUAUAUUGCAUUGGCUUGCUUUGAUGAGUGAAGGUCGUGGAAGGUUAAAACAAGAGCUUUCCUAGUUCCGAAUUCAUUCCUAUUCAGAUCUGAUUGAUUAAGAGGCAUCGUUUUCCCAACGAAUUGAGGGACUUUUUGCGUAUUACUACGUAUUUGACUUCUCGGAUCCAGGAAUUGCGAGGUCAUUUAAUCUUACAAUCAUGUAAUCUUCGAGACGCAGUACCUACCAAAUGCUGAGCUCAUUCUAUAACAUAAGUUGUACCAAGGGCUCUACAUACUGUCUAUGUAUGUAUCGAUGUAUCUAUGUGUAGCGUUAUUCCUUAUUUAGGUUAUCACGGCUUAUGCCAUGCUUAUGCAUCAUGCUCUCUCGUUCCUCAUAUAUGCUCUCUGUGUAUAUACGAUCCCUUGUAUCCAUGCCCCAACUACCGUUCAAUAAACAGUUUGCAAUAGAGCUUCAACCAGAGUACAUCGUCUGUCUGUUCACCGCGCGUCCCUAACAUAACACUUUGAUAAUACUAAAUUCCGCGACAAAAUAAGACAUUCAAUUGGCUGGUUAGGAGAUAAUCAUGAUAUUCGGGGAGGACACCAUUGAUAAGACAUAUCACACAAGUACAACAAAGGCGAUGAACAUGGAAGCUACCGCCACAGUCGAUUGAAAUCUCGGAGGGCAUCCGACACAUCCUUGGGUUCUUCGGCCGAGGUAACUUCCUUGUGUACCUUGACCAGCUGCUUCUGGGUGACCUUCUCGAUCCCAUUGGCAUCUUUCAAAGGCAGACCCUUGAGAGCGGCUCCCAGCCAAUGGCAAACACACGUUCGUUCCAGUAACAUGAGCUCGAAGAUCACAUCCCCAAUAUCGUGGAAGGUGUAACUGGGCAAAUUGAAGAUGGCCGCCCGGAGGAGGGCCUCGACGAGCUUGGCCCCGAAGUUGUGUCUGAUUUGGUCGACGAGGAGUCUACGCGUUUCAAAGUCCUCUUUCUCUUCCUUGGAGCGACCAGCAUGGAAGAGAUCAAAGAAGAACUUCAUAACCGAAGCGUUAGCCUCUUUGUGGUCCAGGUA